AUGGAUCCCGAAAAGGGAACCCCAAGCCCUGUCUACCAUGGCGCGCCGCCUGAGUUGAGGCAAGAUGGACACGAAACAGAUCAUUCAAGCGACGGCCCGUCGACCAGCCCGGCAACGAAGCCGGACGAGCAAACGUACGACGACCGAAAAGCGUGGAUCACGGUUGCGGCCUCCUCUUUGACCAUGUUCGUCUACCUCGGAGUCGUCUACUCUUGGGGCAUCAUGCAAGUCAGGCUCGUCGAGACGACCGGUUCGAGUCUGACGACCCUGACGUUCGUCGGCUCCCUGGCGACCUCUUUCAUGAUUUGCUUCAGCAUCGUCUCGGACAAGAUCGUUUGCCGCAUAGGAUACCGACUCGCCGCGUUGGUCGGCGGUGUCUUCAUGGGUCUCGGCGAGGUUCUUGCCAGUUUCACGACCCAUCACGUCGUCGCGCUGUUCUUCCUGCAUGGCCUCGUCUUCGGCCUCGGCGGUGGAUUGAGUGUUUUUUCGGUCUCCACUGCUCCGAUGAGCUUGUUCAAGAGACACAAAGCCCUGGCGAUGGGGUUCGUCUUCGGCGGUGGCAGCCUGGGCUCUGCGGUCAUGAGCGUCGUGACCAAUUUCCUCGUCAGGGAUCUUGAUGUCGCCUGGACGUUCCGCAUCCUUGGGUUCAUCCUCUGGGGGGUGUCCAUCCCUGCGUCAUUUUUCCUCCCUAGAAGCCCCGGCUCUGGGAACAAGUCUUCUCGUCAACUCCAGUGGUACCGCUUCAAGCAACCUCGCUUCCUCUUGCUAGUGGGAGGCACCGUCUUAGCUUGUUUCCCACUCUUCAUCCCGCCCUACUUUGUCCCGAUCUUCUCGAGAUCAAUGGGCUACUCCAAGGAGACGGGGAUUAUUAUCUUGGCGGCCUGGAACCUGGCUUCCACCUUGGGGCGUAUCUUGGCGGGCUGGGUCGCGGACACACUGCUGGGUCCCGUCGAGAGCCUGGCGAUCUGCAUCCUCUUCAUGAGCCUCAGCUCUCUUAUUGUCUGGCCGCUCUCGACCUCCAUCGGGAUAUUUGCCGUCUACCUCAUUUUCAACGGCAUCGGCUGCGGUGCAUUCUUCAGCCUGACGCCCAUUGCGAUCAGCGCCACAUUCGGCGGCGAGAACACGCUCAGCAUCAUCCCGGUGGUUUGGACGACGUGGUUUUGCGGCUUCUUUUUCGGUACGCCGAUUGCUUCCGGACUCUACUCUCUCUCGGGAGACACCGAAGGUCUCGAGAGUUUCAGACCGGCUGCGUAUUAUGCCGGUGCUAUGGCAAUGGCUGGAUUCGCUUGCGUGUUGGGCAUACGGUUCGCCCGCAAGGCAGAGAUGGCGGUAAAAGCGUAG